AUUGGCAUCUACAGUCCCUCUGGCUUAGGCAUUAGUUAACCAUCAGUCAAUCUGAACAGCAUUUAGCACAAUACAGGAACUUUUUCUAUUUGGAAUGUGUGAUGAGUUGAAUAGAAUAUUAAAGCAAAGGGAACUGCUUUUUGGUAAUCAACAAUGUUGGAUUAUAAACAAAUCCAACAUAAGUGGAUCAGGUGUCUUUACUAACAAAAGUUAUGAAACAGGUGAAAUCAUUUUUAGGGACACUCCAAUAGUAAUAGGACCGAGAUCAUCUGUAUUGCCUCCAGCAUGUGUAAGUUGCAUGAAGAUGGGUGUACCAUUGAUUACUUGUUCCAAAGGUUGUCGCUUACCAGUCUGUAAUAGUGAAUGUGAAAAUACAAUAUCACAUGAGAGGGAAUGUCGAUUACUGUUAGAAUUUUCAGUUAAAAAAGGAGAAUUUUGGUCACCUCUGUUGUACCGUGCUUUAACAGCAUUAAGGUGCCUGUUGGUUAGUGAUGAGGAGAAGAAGCUAAUAAAAUGUUUGAGUGCAAAUAAAAAGACCAAUCACAUUGAGAUGUUAUUUUUGAAAAAGGAAUUGCUGAAAAACUUUUCUGAUGAGGAAGAACAAUUUCUUAACUUGUCGUGCGCCGUUUUAAGUGGUACAGCUUUCGAAACGGAGUUGGGUGAAGGAAAGAUAAAGGCGUCCUUAAGAGGUCUCUACCCUCUGGCAGGAAUGAUGAACCAUUCCUGCGUGCCAAACACGCAGCAUUACUUCCUCCUCGAGAAUAACAUCCAAACAAUGUACGUGGUAGCGACCUGUCCGAUUCCAGAAGGAAUGGAAUUAACCACUCACUACUCUUAUCUCUUUUGGCCUACCAUAAUACGUAGGCAUUUCUUAUUUGCGACUAAACAAUUUUGGUGCACUUGCAAUAGGUGUGGAGACCCGACGGAAUUCGACACUAAUUUGUCUGCUUUGGAAUGCAAUUGUGGUGGAUUGAUCCUGCCUUUGUGUUCCAUUGAUAUGAAGAGUGAUUGGAAGUGUGGAAGCUGUGACGAGGUCGUGCCUGCAUCUAAGCUGCCUUUCGCUAAGCCUUUAGAAGUUUUAAAUAAAAGUGAAACUACUUCAGGGUAUAAAAUGAAAUAUUUCUCUAUCAUAGAGAAAUUUGAGCAAGUGUGGAGCGUGGGUCAUAAAAAUACUCCUUACGAAGCUUUGACGGAUGAAGAACUAGAAAACAAAGAAAAAAUCACGAAGGAACUAAUCGCUUUAAAUAAUUCUUUGAAACUCGGCGAUUCAAGGAUUAAAGGUAUUGGAAUCCACUACGUUAAAGGUAUGAGUGAUUUAAUUAAAAAAAUUAUUUACAAUUAUUUUUUCAGCCAUUAUAUAAAAACGAAUCGUUUUUAUAUUAUAUGAGAAAUAGUAAUACAUUAAUUACUACUGUUCACGAAAUUUUGCCAUCAAAUAGUUAUAGAUAAUAUACAAUUGGUUUGUUCAUUUCUUAUUUGGAUUCCUCUAAUGUUUUAAAAUAUAUCGGUCAAGUGAGGUUUUUAGUUACGAUACCUCCAAAAACAAAACUAUUUAUUUUGCCACACAAUAUGUCUUGUUGUAGUUUGAAACAUAAACUGAUUACAGCUUAUGACAUAUUUAUUGCUUUUUUCUUGAAUUCAUUUUUUUCUCCUUAUGAUUAUACUGCCAUAAUAUUUUCCGUCCUUAGUAAAUUAUCAAUUUAUUAUUUGUUUGAGUGUCUCAGGGAAACAUUUGAAACAUAUUUUAAAUUCUCUGUGAUUUAUUUUGUGUUAUUUUAUUUAUUUAUACUCAUUUAAUGUCAUUUUUUUAAAUGCUUGUUUUGAGGAGGGCAUAUUUUGAUGGGUUUCUGAAUUUUUGAGGGGAGCACAUUU